AUGCAAACCCCUCCAGAUAGCGAGCCCGACGCCAACUACCACGAUCCGGUCGAAGAUGAAGCAAAUUCCGAAAAUGCGGCGAUUUACCCGGGUGCCGGAGGAGCCGUGCAAACCGUAUCUGGGCGUGCAAACAAGACCAAGGCGUCGGUGAGUCGAAGACGAAAUGUGCAGCGAAAUCUCAGAACACCGGAGAGCUUCAAGGAUGAGCCGCUGGUGGUCCACAAUCCCUCGUCGGCUGCGUCACGGCUCAGGCUGGAGUUCACCUCGAUGAUGGAACGCACGCAUCGCAUUGGGACGUGGAUGAAUUUACUACCUUCAAGGAUAGGCCAUAGUGAAGCGAUAGAUGCAGCGGCUAAGGCUAUCGUGAAGGCGGUCGAGCAUGCAAACCUCAAUACUGCCAUCACCCAGGAAAGCUGUCUAGGCAGCUACAGCAAGGCCAUCACAACUCUGAGAGACGACAUGGAAAGGCAGGUCUCCAGCGAUGAUCUGCUCUUGACCGUUGCCCUGCUUGUCACUUUCGAGCGGGUCUUUGCGUACUCUUCUGUCCCUCUUCGAUCGCACAUGCAUGGCGUUGUGGCCAUUAUGAUGGGGCAAGGCAAGUCACGCAAGCCGCCAAGCGAAAUCGCUCGAGCUCUGCAGUACCAGUUCUGGGCGGUUGCGUUCAUUGGACCGUGUGUGAUGGGCGUGCCGUCGCCGUUUGAGACUCCACGCUGGCUGCAAGCAGAGCCGGUCCUGCUCGCGGAAGACGAUAUGAGGGCACCAUGGAAGGUAGUGCAUCGGUUGAGGAAGAUGAGCAACCAGCUGUUCAUUCGACUACCAAGGUUGAUACUGCUUGUAAAGAGUGUCUCAACUGAAGCCAACCCCGACAGAGUCACCGAGGCCAUUACCCUAGCGAAGGACUUGCUCGAGGUUGAAGACAUCGAUGCGGAGAGUGAGAUCCUGCACCACGUCCAGAUCCAGAAAACCGACGACUCGGACUCGACGUCCUACACAAUGAACUUCAGCACCGUCCCGGAAUACGAGGCCGCAGCACACUACUGGUCAACCCACAUCAUGCUCUACCGCCUCUGCUGGAGGCUCCUAGGACUCUUCCCAACCAAGACCAGCGAGCUAAAACUCAGACCCAAACCCCUCCUCCACGCCGCCACCUCCCGCAUGUCCGCCAACAUCCUCAUGGCCGCCCGCUGGGGCCUCAACAAAGGCGAAGUCGGCGAAAGCUGCAUCAUCAUGGGUCUCGUGGCGAUCUGGGGUGCGCUGAAUGACUACGAUGUCUUCGCUUCUAGAGGCAUCACGCCGACUCGGAUACGGAUGCUGCUGAAGCAGUUUGGCGAGAAGGUCAUGAAGCCGACGGGGGACAACAAGCUGGAAGAGUCGGGGCAGAGACUGGAGGCUGCGGCGGAGUUGUUCGCUGGUGGGCAGAGUUCUGGUGUGCUGGCUUUUACUUUCAGUAGGCCUGCUGCUCCAGCGUCGAACGGCUGA